ACAAGAAGAGUAAGCUCCAAGCGCAACGAGGGACACUCGCGCUGUCCCUCGUUGCUAGCCGUAGUUUACGUCAUCAGAACGAGACGACUUGAGCGGCAUGUUGAAGCCUCUGAAACAUUUCUGACCUUCUAAAUUAUUUUCUUUCAAGUUGUUUCGGGUUGAAUACAGCUUCCCAGAAUGGCGGUCAAUCAUGCAACCCUCCAUGCCAAAUGGAUCAUCGGCAAAGUAAUAGGGACCAAGAUGUACAAAACUGCCAAAGUGAGAGUCACAAGACUGGUGCUGGACCCUUACCUGCUCAAGUACUACAACAAGAGGAAGACCUACUUUGCCCAUGAUGCUUUGCGACAGUGCACUUUGGGAGAUAUUGUCCUUCUCAAGGCUCUGCCAGAGCCCAGGUCCAAACAUGUAAGGCAUGAACUUGCUGAGAUAGUGUAUAAAGUUGGUCAGGUUGUUGACCCACUGACGGGAAAGUGCGUGGAAGGAACUAAGUUUAUGGAGCCUCUGACUGACCUUCCACUCAGCCUGGGAGAGGAUGAGACAUUAUCAGAAAAACUGCAGGAGCUCAACAUCUCUGCUGCCUCCAGUGGAGCUGAUUCCCCACCAACACAAACUCCCACUUCAUGAUAGAAAACAGCAUUCUUUAUAAGCAGUAAUGUUAGCUUAAAUGUCACUGUGCAAUUACAUUUCUGUUUCAGGUGUUCAUGUAAAUAUAAAUGUAUAAACCAGUCAUCAAUAUAUCAAUUAAUGUGGAAAUUGCAUUUUCUUUGCUACCUGCUAACGUAGUUUUGAAUUCAAGACAAAUCUCUGAGGAAUUUACAAUAAAAUGACAAUGAGAA